AUGGGCAACCUGCCGCUCACCACAGGGCUGUUCACAAGUGGGGCACCCCCUGUUAAACCAGAUGACAGGUUCACCAGUCGGCCCAUCCGCAGAGGCAUCACUUACUACCAAGUGCGUCAAUCUUCAUCCCAUUCUUCCGCCACCCCUGACCCACUUGCUGACACUCUCCAGCCAUCACAAGUGUCGCCCCGCCCUCUCCUCCUCUUUUUCUCCUGGCUCGGGGCCCACCCGGGGGCAGCGGCCAAGUACUAUGAUGCCUACCUAGCGCGGGGCAUGGACGUGCUGCUGGUACAGAGCAGUGUCAUGCACUUUCUGUGGCCCGGCUGGGGGCUGAAUUACGGGAUGGAGGUGUUGAAGGUCCUGGAGGGGCCCGAGUUUACCGGACGCCCCUUGCUGGUGCACGCUUCGUCCAUCGGGGGCUACACCUUCACGCAAGUGCUAGUGAACGUGGUGAAUUCAUCCGAGCAUUCAGAAGUGUCCCAUCGCGUGGUGGGGCACAUCUACGACAGUUUAGUGGCCGGCACCCUGGAGCACAUGGCGACAGGCCUGGGAAGGACACUAGCGCCGCUCAUGGAACGCGUCAUCAAGAACACGGCCAUGCUUUACUUCUGGCUCUUCAAAGGUAGCACGGCGGAUGUGUACCAGCGCGCCGUCCGGGUGUUCGCCAGCAGCCCCGUCACCGCCCCGGCGCUGUUUUUCUCCAGCCGUGAUGACGCCCUGUGCGACCCCGACGCCCUGGACGCCGUCGUGUCCGGGUGGCGGCGCAGGGGCGUGGCCGUGCGCAGCAGGACAUGGGAGGUGUCCAAACACGCCGCACACAUGCGAUGCCACCCGCAGGAGUACCGAGAAACGCUGGAGGCUUUCUUGGAUUCGCUACCUUUGAGCCCACCUCAUCCUCAAGGCGUCGAUGCUCUCUAA